UUUCGAUUUUAGCGUCGCCUCGAGACUAGCAGUGAAGAUAUCGAGGAAGGAGAAAAUGUCAAGCUAGCUAAUCGGAUCUCGUUUCUGGCGGGAAGAUACUGAAACUCUGAAAUUGGAUUCCUCGUGAAAGUUAUAUCUAUGGCUACCGUUGCUUCUAAGCUCUAUUCAGACGAUGGAAGUCUUCUAGUGUUGUUGCUUGAUACGAAUCCCUUGUUCUGGAGCAAUACGUCGACGACAUUCUCUCAGUUCCUCUCUCAUGUGCUUGCGUUUCUGAACGCGGUUUUGGGGUUGAAUCAACUGAACCAAGUUGUAGUGAUAGCUACUGGGUACUGUUCGUGUGAUUACAUUUACGAUUCGUCUUUGACAUUGAGUGGGAACUCCGAGAGUGGUAGAACUGGAAUGCCUGCUCUUUUUGCUUCUUUCCUUGAGAAGUUGGAAGAUUUUAUUGUUAAAGAUGAGGAGCUUAUCAAGGAGCAGGAGCAUGAUGAGAGGAUAGCUUCUUCUCUCUUGUCAGGAUCACUCUCUAUGGCUCUUUGCUAUAUACAGAGGGUUUUCCGUUCUGGACAUCUUCAUCCCCAGCCUCGGAUUUUAUGCUUGCAAGGCUCCCCUGAUGGCCCGGAACAAUAUGUAGCGGUUAUGAACUCUAUCUUCUCAGCACAACGCUUAAUGGUACCCAUUGAUUCCUGUUACAUAGGUACACAGAACUCGGCAUUUUUGCAGCAGGCAUCUUACAUAACCGGCGGUGUACAUCAUGCACCUAAACAGUUGGAUGGGCUGUUUCAGUUUCUAACGACGAUCUUUGCCACUGAUUUGCACACCCGCAGCUUUGUACAACUUCCAAAACCCGUUGGCGUUGAUUUUCGAGCAUCGUGUUUUUGCCACAAGAAGACUAUCGAUAUGGGGUAUGUAUGUUCGGUAUGUCUGUCCAUUUUCUGUGAGCAUCACAAGAAAUGUUCAACGUGCGGGUCUGUUUUUGGUCAGUCUAAGCUUGAUGGUGCUUCGACUGUCAGUGAAAAGAAGAGAAAAGCUCCUGAUUCUUAAAAUCCAUCUUUUACGCUGGAGACACUGCAAUCUUUCUCAGUAGUAUUCAAGCAUUGUAGUCUUUGCGUUGAAUUACAAGAAUCUAUGAACGAACGACAACACCAAAUUGAAAAUCAACUAAAUUACAGUUUUGAUCAAACGCUUUUUUAA